UUUCCCCGCAGCUUCUCCAAGUUCAGCAGCUAGUGACACACGGACUGUAGUCUCGCGCUCAGCUCGGGAUAACGGACAGAGCUGCUUCUGAUCGCUCUGUAUCUCCAGAUCAUUUCCGCGCAUCUGUCAGCGAGACUCGGACGCGGAUCCGCAGAGGGACGGUGUUGUUGUCGUUACCGGGGACAGGACGGGCUUGGAAACGGCGGUGAUCCGUGAAUGGAUGCAUCAUGUCUUCGUUUGUGUGCCGCGUUCAGUUUCUCGACGACACCGAUCCGUUCAACAGCACGAGCUUCCCGGAGCCGACCCGAGCUCCUCUCUACACCUUCAGAGAAGAGCUGCCUCUGAUCGAGCAGAUCGCGGGGGUCCACAGGCUCCUCGGGGCCCCUCACAAGCUGGAUGACUGCGCUCUGCAGCUCUCUCACACUGGAGUGUAUCUGGAUCUGGAGUCGACUCUGGAUGAGCAGAGAGAUGAACUCGAGGGAUUUCAGCCUGAAGACUGCGCAGGGAGGGGAAAGAAGCACAGUGUGAUCUUACGCACUCAGCUGAGCGUCCGUGUUCACGCGUGUAUCGAGAAGCUGUAUAACUCCAAUGGCCGUGACCUGAGGAGGGCGCUGUUUUCCCUCAAGCAGAUAUUCCAGGACGAUAAGGACCUGGUUCAUGAGUUCGUUAUGGCCGAAGGUCUGACGUGUUUAGUUAAGGUCGGCGCUGAAGCGGAUCAGAACUACCAGAACUACAUCCUCAGAGCUCUGGGUCAGAUCAUGCUGUAUGUGGACGGGAUGAACGGGGUCAUAGGUCACACCGAGACCAUCCAGUGGCUCUACCUGCUCAUCGGUUCAAAGUUUCGUCUGGUGGUCAAGACAUCUCUGAAGCUACUGCUGGUGUUUGUUGAUUAUUCAGAGUCCAACGCACCGCUGCUCAUCCAGGCCAUCAACACUGUGGACUCUAAGAGAGGCUGUAAGCAGUGGUCAAACGCCAUGGAGAUUUUAGCAGAGAAGGACGGUGUGGACACAGAGCUGCUGGUCUAUGUGAUGACCCUCAUUAACAAGACGCUGACGGCGCUGCCCGAUCAGGACUCCUUCUAUGAUCUGGUGGAUGUUCUGGAGGAGCAGGGCAUAGAGAGUGUGUGUAAGCGUUAUCUGGGCCGUAAGGGAACAGAUCUGGAUCUGCUGGAGCAGCUGAGCAUCUACGAGGCCACUCUGGGGCACGAGGACGGCGUAGAAGAUACUCGCCUCGACAGACGGACAGAGGGGCGGGGCUUGCAGAGACGCCGCAGCCACAGGCAUUCAAUGGGCAGAUCAGGCCACGCCUCCACACUCAGUCCCGCCUCCAAACACAGCACAAACUUCCAGGAGCUCAACGAGAGAGCUCGUGUGAUGCAUAAAAAUCUUCCGGUGAUCACAUCAGAGCACAGCAGCAAACUCACACCUGAGGAGGGGGAGGAGCUGAGGAAGGCCCCAGAGGCCCCGCCCCCUCCUUGCUCCGCCCAGCCGUCGCUCCUAGCCAAUCUGCUGGCACACCGCCGCUCAUCCGUCAGCGUGCCACCGUCCAAUGAGAUCAGCCCUCUGCAGCGAGGCUCCGCCCACCUGCCGUACCUGCCCCACUCGCCCUUCUUCCUGUUCUCCUACGAUCUGGAGGAGCAGGAGGAUCAGAAGAGCAGCAGGACGUCCUCCACAGCAGCCAAACAACACAAUGACCGGCCUGCUGUGGAUGGCCUGCUGUCGUCCUCGUACCGUCAGCAUCAGGAGUCUCUGGCGGCGGAGAGAGAGAGACGACGUGUGGAGCGAGAGGAGCGACUGCAGCGCAUCGAGAGAGAGGAGCGCAACCGACACAGCCGGGACUAUGUGUCCAACAUGGAGGAGGCCCGACACGCUCGAGAGGAGAGGUUUCGGACGGCCGAGCGACUGGCGGACGAAGAGUUUGAGCGAGAGCGAAUACGUUCUGCGGCUCGAGGUCUCAGCCUCACUCUGAGCCCGACGGACACCUGUCAAUCAUCCCGCAGUGCCACGCCCUCGCCUGUGACAUCACAGGACGAGCAGGACACGCCCAUCACGUCGUACCCGCCCUCUGAACCAGACACCAAUGAUCUAGAACCACACGUGGAGGCCAGUCUAGAACCCGAGGAGAAGGACGUAGAACCCAGAGAAGAACAGGAAGUGGAAGAGAUGAGUGCUGAACAGGAAGUGGGCGGAGCCGAGGAGAGGGCGGAAGAGGAAGAGGAGGGGUCUGAAAGGGAAGCGCCGGAUGGAGAAGCGGAGGACAGCGGGAUCUUGAGUGAUAAAGAACGACAGAACGAAGAAGUGAACGAGAAGGACAACUGCUCGGCCUCCAGUAUAUCAUCAGCCAGCAGCACACUGGAGAGAGAGGAUGGACCCCCUGCAGGAGCCGAGACGGGUCCGUGGCCUCAGAGCGUCAGAAACGUGAAUGAACAACGAAACAAGAUCCUCGACAGCAAGCUCUUCAUACUGGACAUGCUCUACUCGCAGAGCAAGAAACCCUCGGAGGAAGACGAGGACGAAGACGAGCUGGCCGAGGACAAGGAACGAGACGCAAAGGAGAAGGCUGAGGAUUCGUCGCAGGACGCGACACCUCGGGAAGAGAACGAUGCUCGGCACGAAGAAGACAAGAAAGUGGAGAACCAGAGCAACGUGCGAGCGUUUGCCGAGCGCUUCGGAGACAUCGUGAAGGGUCUCACCUCUCCACCAAUAGAAACACAGGAACCUCCUCUCCCUCCUCCUCCGCCAGCUCCGAAGAAAGAGUCAGACUCUAUCUGGGACCAGCUGAUGGCGAGUCCGCGGGAUCUGCGCAUCGGUGACAUCGACUUCACCGAUCUAGGAGACGAGGAUGACCAGGAUGUCCUUGACUCUGGGAGUUUAUACAGCUCUGGUGAUCUGCUGGCUCCGCCCCCUCCACCACCGCCCUGCCCCUUUAAUCUCCCAGCUCCGCCCCCUAUGUUCGGCUGUCCUCCGCCCCCUCCCAUGUUCAGCAUCCGCGUGCCUCCGCCCCCUCCCUGCUUCUCCAGCCAGGCUCCGCCCCCUCCUCAGCAGCAGGCGGAGCAACCUCCACUCUUCCAGAAGAAGAAGAAGACCAUCCGCUUGUUCUGGAGUGAAGUCCGUCCCGCCGACUGGAUUUACCGCAAUCACAAACGCAGCCAAGAGUCGCUCUGGUCCAGACUUGAACCUGUCAAAGUUGACACGGCUAAACUCGAACACCUGUUUGAGAGCAAAUCCAAAGAGAUGCCCGUGACUAAGAAAGUGGCAGCGGAUGGGAAGCGGCAGGAGAUCAUCAUUCUGGACUCCAAACGCAGCAACUCCAUCAACAUCGGUCUGACGGUUCUUCCCCCGCCACGCACCAUCAAAACCGCCAUACUCAACUUUGACGAGUACGCGCUCAACAAAGAGGGCAUUGAGAAAAUCCUGACAAUGAUUCCUACGGAAGAAGAGACACAGAAGAUCCAGGAAGCUCAGCUAGCAAAUCCUGACAUUCCACUGGGCAGCGCGGAGCAGUUCCUGCUGACCCUGUCCUCCAUCAGCGAGCUCUCAGCACGCCUGCAGCUCUGGGCCUUCAAACUCGACUAUGAAGCCAGCGAGAAGGAAGUGGCCGAGCCACUACAGGACCUGAAGGAGGGCAUGGAUCAGCUGGAGAAGAACAGAACGCUGCGCUUCAUCUUAUCGACCCUGCUGGCGAUUGGAAACUUCCUAAAUGGCUCCAGCGCCAAAGGGUUCGAUCUGACAUAUCUGGAGAAGGUUCCUGAGGUGAAGGACACGGUUCAUAAGCAGUCGCUCCUGCUUCACGUCUGCAGCAUUGUGGUGGAGAACUUCCCCGAGAGCACAGACCUGUACUCUGAGAUCGGCGCUGUCACACGCUCCGCAAAGGUGGACUUCGACCAGCUGCAGGAGACUCUGACUCAGAUGGAGUGGCGCUGCAGAGCAUCAUGGGACCACCUCAAAGUCAUCGCAAAGCAUGAGAUGAAGCCGGCACUGAAGCAGAAGAUGUCGGACUUCUUAAAGGACUGCGCUGAGAGAAUCAUUAUCCUCAAAACUGUCCACCGCAGGAUCAUGAACAGGUUUCGCUCAUUUCUACUGUUCCUGGGUCAGCCGAUGUACAGUGUUCGUGACAUCAGCGUGACUCGGUUCAGUAAACUGCUCAGUGAGUUUGCUCUAGAGUAUCGCACCACACGAGAGCGUGUCCUCCAGCAGAGACAGAAGCGCGCCGAUCACAGAGAGAGAAACAAGACGAGAGGGAAGAUGAUCACAGACAUCAACACACAGACGGAUGAUGAAGAGGACAGUGAGGUGGGUCGUGUGUGUGUGAGCAGCAGCAGUAACGCUCCUCCUGUCGAGCCGCAGAUCGAGCCGCAGAGUUUGUGUCACGCUGAAGAAGCAGCUGAACACGAGCAGAUGAAGGCCGUGCUGAAGAGCAGCCUACAGAGAGGAGACAAUGACAGCACCGGAGCGAGGGUCCUCAGGACACGCACACGCCCCAGCAGAGGCCGCACUGCAUGGACUGCAGCGACCGAAGAGUCUCAGUGCACGACAGACGACGCUGCAGACGAGAUCAUGGAGAGAAUCGUACGAUCAGCCACUCAGAGUCCCAGAGAACGAACGCAACCCCGUGAACGCCGCCGCUCUCGCGUGAACCGCAAAUCACUGAGGAGGACUCUGAAAGGCGGUCUGACCGCAGAAGAAGCUCAAGCGCUGGGAUUGGACACAUCAGAGAUGCCGUUGUAAUGGGACGUCCCGUCCAAAGCACACUGAUGCUGUUGACUUCAGCAGAACUCAUCUCAAGAUAACAGAAAAUUCAACAUACCACAGUAAAAACAUGGUUUAAUAAUGAAACAGCUGCAGAAUCUUUCACUGGUCACAUAUACAGCAAAGCUCCGCCUCCACACUGUGUGUUUGCUUCUAAGCCACGCCUCCUUGUUACAUACACGCCUCACCAGCCAACUGCAGGCCGUCACUGUGAUGAUGUAAAAUCCCUUUACAGUUUAGUUUAAUGAAAGGUAAGAUAAGAUGUUUUUACCCCGACUGAACACUAUCUCAGGGUUUGACUGUCAUUUUAUGUUCGCAUCGGUCAGAUCAGUGAAACUGUGCUCUGAUACUUUGGAUUAUUUAUUGUUAAAUGUACAAAAUGAAGGGACGACUUUCAACAGAUAUUUAACGUGUGUAUAUUUUAAAUCCUACAAGCCUAGAUGUUGUUUUCAAACAGUAAAAAUCCUUUAAAACACAAACAGACUCUUUUGUGCAGUUCAGUUUUAUAUCUUUAACCCUCAUAAUUCAGAAGAAAUAUAGAAAGAUAUUUAAACAAUGCAUAGUUUUUAGUAAGGGAACCAAACUUUGCAGAUGCGUUAAGAUCCUUGAAAUACACAUAGUUUAUUUUUUUCCAUUUUUUUUUUUACAGUUAUUCUUUCAGAGAUAUAAUGCGUUUCGUGUUCGGGUCAUUUUUGACCCGGUUUGUAUGGAUUACCAUAAAUGUCACAAAUAACCUUCUGUAAAAUAAUAUAUGAAGUUAUAUUAGUGUCAAAAAACAUUAGUAAAAUAUUUUUUAGCCUUUUCCCUCAUAUCUCAUGUAUUUCUGGUUUUGUGAACAUGAAUAUGUGGUGAUUAUUGACCACUGCAGCAUGAAACACUGACCAUUUUAAAUCCGAAGUGAAGGUUUAUGCAAGUCAAAUUAAUCGGUUUUCAUACAAUUUGGACUAUUCAUGAGAUUAAUUUAAAGGAAUUUAUUUAAAUCCUGUUCAUUCCCAAUUUUAUUUUUAUUUUUUUUCAUACAAUGAUAUUUUCCAAUAAAAUAUCUCAUCAAUAUUGAAAAAAUACACAUAAAUAUUUUGCAUCCCAGUAUUUUUGGUCUGGUUCAUGUGUAAUUUGAAAUGACAAAGAAUUUCUCAAUUUUUUAAAGGGUUAAAUGCAGUAAUAACUUGGUAACAUUCAGAACAUAGAUUUUUUUUCCGCAUUCAUGAGAAAUUGCUAAUGAGAUACAAUAUGGUUUUUAGUUAAAAACAUUAAGGUUAUAAAAAUACCCAGGAUAUGAAAAUAGUAUCAGAUAUUGAAUGCAUUGUGAGGGUUAAAUGACAUGUAUAAAUGUUUCUUGUUUUGGUCCUCUGGUAAGCAUCUUUUGUUUGAGAUGUGAGUGUUUUAUAGCAAACUUCGAUGUGCCUUUGACACAGAAGGAACUACAGUUAAUCACUCAUUCAUGUUUCUGAGAUCUUUAAUAGAAACCCAGAGGCUUUUAGGAUACUCUUAGUUUUAUUUUCAGAUCGUCUGAGAGUUUUUGUUCAUGCUGUUAUGAAAACCAUAAAGUUGCACCUUAAUGUCCAUUAUUAUUAUUAUUAUUAUAUGAGAAAACAAGACUUUAUAAGAUUUGUAUGAGCUCUACAUCAGAUGUAUUUUGUCUCCAAAAAAUAGUUCUAAAUGUACAAAAAGGUGAAAGUAUUUUUGACGAUGAACUAAUCUGUAAAUGUUAAUGCCCUUUUGUUUUCUUUUGUACAUGUUAAUUUAAGAAAGACAAUUGAAGCCAUAAACGCCUUUUAUUUCAGAACACGGAACUCACACGAUCCACUCGUCUGUUUUUAGCUGCUGAAACAUCAAUAAUGAUUAGUUUUUUUUUUUUUUUUUUGUUUUUUGAGCACAUGAAAUCUGAACUCAUUUUGCAGAAUUGAAGUCCUUGUACUGUAACUUUUUUCACUUUGAUCUGCAUGUGUCACACCCUGCAAUAAAACCUUUCUGAAAUAAGA